UUGGAGCAGGAAGUGUUGUUUUGAUUUUAGGACUAAAUCUCAGUUUUAUCAAAAUAACUCUUGAAUAAAGUUUUAAAUUAUAUCCAAUAAAAAAUCUAUUGUUUUGUAGGUAUUAACUUUGUUGCUCAAAAGGGUUUUAUUGAAAAAAUCUGAAAUACCUAAUCUUAACGUUAUAAACGUUUUUAAAAACUGACAUAACUUUAAAUAUAUAUAUAUAUGUCAAUUUUACUUAAGUAAAUAUUAAUAAAUCAACGCAAUUAAAAAAGUUAUUUGUUGGAGUAAACAAUUAUGGAAACAUUGCAACCAUACGCUGAAGGAAAGUGGUUGAUAUUAGAAUCAAAACCAGAUGAACCUUCCAGAAGUGAGAUACAAAAUGAGGGCGAUGAAAUUGAAGAAUCUCUAGAAAAAGAUCUCAUAUUAAGAGGUCCACUUUGGAACUAUGGCAAGAAGAAGGAUAACGAUGAAAUUUUGUUUCAUAUAAUCAAGAAAACUAUUUAUUCACAAGAAGAGUUGGUCCUCAAAGGUGCACAAUGGAUUCCUUCAAAACCAAUUAUUCAUUCUUUUGUAGAAUAUUUAUUUAUAAACAUGAAAAGAAAAAAGAAUAUUAAUUCAACUGCCCUGGUAGAGGUGGAAACUGGGAGGACUAUGACCUAUGGAGAGUUGAUACACAAUGCUCAGUCUCUGGCAUGUGGUCUGCGCUGGAUAGGUAUCGUACCUGGUCAAGUUGUAGCAUUGUUCAGCUACAAUAGUUUGGAGGCUCUAAUAAUGAUACUGGCAUCUCUGCUUGUUGGUUCAUUAACUGCAAUCCUAGAAAGCAGCUAUAAUUCUGUGGAACUAGCAGUUCAGCUUCGUGAGGUAAAUCCUCGUCUCUUGUUCACUGAGACUGGCAAGACACUGCUCAAAGUUGAAUAUGCUUUGACUCAAAUGACAACAGCUCGGCUCCCUCGAGUUGUUGUGAAUUCUCUUCAUCCACAACCAAGGAAUUACCUCACCAUAAAUCAGCUGAUGAGAGAAGUGGAGCCAGAUUUCAAGGCAGAAUUCCGCUUAGCCAAUUCUCUUAACCCUAUCUUCAUCCUCUUCUCUUGUGGAACCACUGCAUCAGCUAAGGGAACUUUGAUUUCAGAGCGAUACUUUACAAGAAGUAAAAUGUUUAGUGAAACAGACUUUGGUAUAUCAGAAAAAAGAUACACAACAUUGAUAUCGUCCCCUAUCUUUUGGAACAGCACAAUUACGACUUUGCUCUUAAAACUGAAUUAUGGCCAUAGGAUUGUUUUCUUCCGUGGCCCACCUUGUGAAGCUGUGCUCAUCAAAGCUCUGCACAAGUUUCAAGUCCUACUAUGGGUCACUAGCCCGGCUGUACUGCUGCAGCUCUUGGACUGGCCAGUCAGAUGUAGGUGGGAUUUUCUCAAAGUCAUAUUUACCAUUGGGAUGUCAUUUACACUUCAAAGUAUAACCAGAGUUCGAGAUGAAUUGUUCAGUGGAAAAGUCCAUAUUUGCCAGGUUUAUGGUAUGACAGAGACAGGGACUCUCACUAGUAAUACUCCUUCCAUGAACAAACUUGGUUCUGUUGGUAGACUAUCCCACAAUACUGAACUGAAGGUAAUGGAAGAAGGUACUGGACUCACUCUGGGGGCUUACCAAGAAGGGGAGCUCUGCUUCAAGUCCCAGUCUUUGAUGUUGGGUUACUACAAAAACCCAGAGGCCACUCAGCUGAUGUUUGACAGUGAGGGUUUCUUCCACACAGGAGACCUGGGAUACUACGACAGUCAAGGGUUUCUUUUUAUCACUGGCCGCAAGAAGGAAGUGAUCAAGUGGAAAUCAUAUCAAAUUGCUCCAAUGGAUAUAGAGAUACAAUUGUUGACAUUACCAGAAGUCAAAGAGGCGGUUGUGUUUGGCAUACCAAAUGACAGAGAUGGUGAGAUUGUGACAGCAGCUGUUAUUCUUCACCCUGAGUUCCAGAUCACAGCGAAUGCUGAGUUGAUUGAAGCUACAGCCAACUUAAACCUGUCAAAUACAAAGAAGAUUCGAGGAGGUGUUCACAUCUUCCAGUCCUUCCCUUACACUGCUACAGGCAAGCCUAUCAAAAACCUAAUUGUCAAACACGUUUUGAAUCUCUGAAUAUAAUAUAAUCCUGAAAAAUAGUUAUCUGAAUUUACUAAAAAUAUAGUUUUUUUUAUUGACUGAA